UAUAUCUUAAAUGAUUUUACAUGUAUAUUGCGUGUCAUUUCACUUGUCUCCUCAGUGGGUUAGGAGGGGCUAGAGAGGAGAGAAUUGAGAACUCAAAAUUUUUAAAAUUAAAAAAAAAUGCCUGAGAAAAAUAAAUCCCGCCAGCCAUGGGACAUACCUUAAAUAUUUUAUUCCAAUAUCAUAUGCCCCAGCAGGAACUCAGUCUUCUUGAGCCUUUUCAAAUUUAGUAACAACAAAGAUUUAUUGACACUUUCCCUACACCCAAACACAUACACACACAUGCAUGGAAUACAGUCUUGCCAUAGACAUGAUUAACCAAAUUCAUUAAGGUUAUGAUCCUGGUCUUCACCUAGUUAAUUAAAUAUUGGGAGGAAAGUUAUCAAAUUGUUAUAGAUAAUAUUAACUCUGAGCUUCAGAACCUGUUUAACUCAAUCUAACUUUUACUCUCCAGGUUUCCUCCUCUGGGUUAUGGAAGGAGAGAAUAGGAUUUGUAUCUCCUUGGAAAGGGGGCAGAAUGGUGUAGGUGCCUUGAGAGUUCCUUACAAGGAGACAGAGUCCUUUGGGAACCAGAAAGUAACUCUGGAAUGGGACCUUCUAACAGUACUCAAUUCCACCCUACUUCCUUUCUGCUACUGGGAAUUCCAAGAAUGGAAUAUAUUCACAUCUGGAUUGGCUUCCCAUUUUGCACUGUAUAUUUGAUUGCUCUUGUAGGGAAUGUGACUGUUCUGUUGGUGAUAAAGACAGAGAGGAGCCUCCACCAGCCCAUGUUCUACUUCUUAGCCAUGCUGGCUACCAUUGACCUAGGCCUAUCCACUGCCACCAUUCCCAAGAUGUUGGGUAUAUUCUGGUUUAACCUGAGGGAGAUUCUGUUUGGUGCCUGUGUCACCCAGAUGUAUGUCAUACAUAUGUGUACUGGUCUAGAAUCUGUAGUGCUCACAGUCAUGGCCAUUGACCGCUUUGUGGCCAUCUGCAAGCCUCUAAGAUACACCAUGAUCCUCACCGACAAAGUGGUGGCCAAUUUGGGGAUAAUGAUUAUAGUGAGAUCUUUAGUUUUUGCAACACCAUUCAUAUUUCUUAUCCUGAGACUUCCAUUCUGUGGUGCCCGAAUCAUUCCUCACACUUAUUGUGAGCACAUGGGGCUAGCCCGUCUGGCCUGUACGAGUAUUAGAAUUAACAUCAUCUAUGGUCUUGUGGCUUUCUCUAUAGGCUACAUAGACCUUUUAGUGAUUGGCUUUUCCUACAUUCAGAUCCUAAGGGCUGUAUUCCGCCUCCCGUCUCACGAUGCAAGGAUCAAGGCUCUCAGCACCUGUGGUUCCCAUGUCUGUGUCAUGCUGGCCUUCUAUACUCCAGCCCUCUUUUCUUUUAUGACCCACCGCUUUGGCCACAACAUUCCUGGUUAUAUCCACAUCCUUCUAGCCAAUCUGUAUGUGGUUGUACCACCUGCCCUCAACCCUGUCAUCUAUGGAGUCAGGACGAAGCAGAUCCGAGAGAGAGUGCUCAGGAUACUCAAUCCCAAAGGUUCUUAACUCCCAGGAUCAGGAUGCUUUCUCUUCCCAUUCCAAACAUAGGGAUUGAGUGUUGGCUGCUCACAAUGGAGAUGAAACUUUUGUAGACAAUUGCAAUAGUCAAAUUUUUCCCUCUUUUUGUAUUCCUUUAAUCAGUACCUGCUUCCAUCAUACACAUACAUCAUUCUCUCCACACACAGCUCCAGUGCUCUGUUACGAUAAUUAUUUUCCAGAAGUGGAGAAGAGAGUGAUUUCAGAUUAUCUAGAGUAGUAAUGUCACACCACUGAACUAUA